AUGAAGGCCGGCAUCACCUUGUCAAUGAAAGCAGGGAAAGUGGAUGACUCAUCGUGCACUAAACCACCAAAGAAUGAUGGUGAUGAUAAUCAAUCAUAUCAAUUUUAUUAUGUUGAUGAAACCAUGUCGGCAGUAGUUAGUGAUAUAAUCUCGGCUGCUGGAACGAGCAGUAAUCGUUAUCCAUCGUUAGAUUUUGUUUCAACUUCAAGUCCACACGAUGAAUAUGAACUUAUCCAGCGAAUUGGAUCGGGAACUUAUGGAGAUGUUUAUAAGGCAAGACAUAUUCCAACGGCAUCAAUGCGUGCUCUAAAAGUGAUUAAACUUGAAGCAGGUGAUGAUUUCAAUAUAAUUCAGCAAGAAAUACUGAUGAUGUUACAAUGCAGUCAUCCAAACAUCAUCGCCUAUUUCGGAAGUUAUUUAAAACGAGAUAAAUUAUGGAUUGCCAUGGAGCUGUGUGCAGGUGGUUCUAUGCAAGAUAUCUACCAUGGUGUGGAAAAUAAUUAUUUCGUUUGUUUUUAUAUAUUGAAGGUUUGUUUUUCAUUAGUUUAUGGACCACUUGGUGAAUUGCAAAUAGCAUAUAUUCUAAGAGAAACACUGAAAGGUCUAGAUUAUCUUCAUAAAAAUGGUAAAAUGCAUCGAGAUGUCAAAGGUGCAAAUAUUUUAUUAACUGAUGAUGGAAAUGUGAAAUUAGCUGAUUUUGGUGUUGCUGCAAGUAUUACUGCGACGAUCUGUAAACGAAAAUCAUUCAUUGGUACACCCUAUUGGAUGGCGCCGGAAGUAGCAGCCGUUGAACGUAAAGGCGGCUAUAAUCAUUUAUGUGAUAUCUGGGCAGUUGGAAUAACUGCUAUUGAAUUUGCUGAAUUACAACCUCCCAUGUUUGAUUUGCAUCCCAUGCGCGCUCUAUUUUUAAUGUCUAAAUCGGGCUUUAAACCUCCGACAUUGAAGGACAAAAUGAAAUGGACAUUGACCUUUCAAAAUUUCAUCAAAUAUGCUUUGACGAAAAAUCCUAAGAAAAGACCAUCUGCAGAGAAAUUACUCGAACAUCCAUUUUUUCAAGCGAAUUUAACAGCAUCAAUUGCACGUGAUUUGUUAGAUCGAUUGCACAAUGGUGCAACCAGUAAUCAAAUAGCAGACGAAGAUGAUGAUGAUAAAAAUAAUCUUCAUGUACCACGAAAGAUUACAUCGAACAAAGAUAAAUCUACUAAAUCAUCAUCGAGUUCUCGCGCAAUCUUAACAAAUAUCAACCAACCACCUCUCAUUCGUAGUUCCAUUCUUAAUGACUCUAUUCAAUCACAAACCAACGGAACUGUUUCUUCGAAAACUGAUACGAAUUCUUCUGUAAAUAUCAAUGAAACUGGACUAUUGGAUUCAUUUCUGGACGAAUUAUCCCGACGUGGACACGUGCCACCUUCGUCACGCAAUAAAGACAAUGGCAAUUCCGAGCAUAUACAGCGAUUGAAAUCGUUGGGUUUAGCGGAUGAAGAUAUUCAACGAUUGAUGUCAAAACUACCGCUGAGUGCAUUCGAUGAUUUAGCGUUGAAUGAAAUCAAACAUAUCGUUGAUGUGAUGCGAGAUGCUGAUGUCGAGGAAAAUGAAGUCGAAGAAGAGGAAGGAACCGCGGAUAAUACAAACACGAUUAAACGCUCACCAUUCCAAAUAACAUUUCCGUCUAAAUCGAGUAAAACAAAGAAAAAAGAACAACAGAAUGCACAUGAAAAUACUGACACGAACAACAAUACAUUAAAAUUGAAAAGUGACGAUGGUACAUUGAAAUCAAAACAAGAGAAAUCAAUUGGAUCAUCGACUCUAUCCAAUGGGAUACCAAGUGUACCCAGAGUACAUAUGGGUGCUGGAUUUAUGAAAAUAUUCAAUGAAUGUCCACUAGAAAUUCAUGCUAGUUACUGCUGGAUCAACAAUGAAACGAGAGAUCAAAUAGUAUUAAUUGCUGCUGAAGAAGGUGUCUAUUCGUUGAAUCUCAAUGAACUUCACGAUGCCACAUUAGAAUUGUUAUAUCCAAGAAGAACGACUUGGUUAUUUGUUAAAGACAAUAUUCUUUGGUCCAUCUCAGGAAAAUCCAAUACACUGUAUCGUCAUGAUCUGCAUCUGUUGUUUCAUAAUAAAAGCACAGCACGAUUAUCUCUCCAACUGAACAAAAUUCAAUUUCCACAAAAGUUCGAGAAAUUGAUGCCCAAAAAAUUGGUCACAUCAGUUAAAGUCAAUAAUACUCGAGGGUGCAUACGUUGUUGUGUUGGACGAAAUCAAUUCAAUGGCUUUAUUUAUCUUGCUGGCAUGUUGACCAAUGAAGUUUUCCUUAUGCAAUACUAUGAUCCAUUACGGAAAUUUAUGCACCUAAAAACGGUUUCGAUUUCAAUUCCUGCUGAACCACCGAUAUUCGAAAUGAUCUUUUUACCAGAAAAUCAAUAUGCAAUUGUGUGUAUCGGUGUUAGUAAAAGUAAAUCUCCUACAAAUGCAUAUAGAUUUGCAUCGGUGAAUUUUGAAACAGAAAAAAUGGAAAAUUAUCAUGAUGUUCAAAUACUUUCCGAUGUGUCUCAUAUUAUUCAACAUGAAAAAGAUGCGGAUACAAUAUUGAUUUGUCACGGAAAUGAUGUAAAUAUUGUUAAUGCUCAAGGUAAACCUCGGACAAGUAAACGAACGCCGGCCGAACUUCAUUUCGAUUGUGAAGUUCGAUCUUUAGUCUGCUUACAAGACAGUGUUCUUGCUUUUCAUGAACAUGGUAUGCAGGGACGAAGUUUAAAAGACAAUGAAAGAUCCGUCUACUCCGANUGUUAUCAACAAGUAUUCCGACAAAUAUCGUCCGACCACAUCUAUUCAUCUGAUCGACUACUAUUCGAUCUUCGCUCGAUACGUGAAGAACUGAUUGAACAGCUGACUCGGUUUAAACAAAAGCACUUCUAUCAACUACAACAGAUCAGUGGUCGACUUCAUGAUAGUAAACAGAUGAUGGACAGUGUUGAAGCAAGUGAUAUCCAAGGGAAACUGGAAGAGAUUCAGUCGUCUGUCAACUCUGUUAUUGAACCCUACGAACUAUUCCCAGGUCAAACAAUCCGACACGGAAAUGGUCGGAUUUAUCUGGUUUGGGCCGGAACCGAUAGGAACAUGUCAAAACCGAUAACUUUCCUAUCGAUCAAUCAGUGGCACUACCCAGGUUAUUAUGGCUCGGUCGGUUCCGGUCGGUUAAGUUUCUUUUCCGGCGAUUUCCUUGCCACCGGAUUCCAGCCGGAAGUUCAAACAAGAGAAAAACGGUCACAUACCCCUGCACGUGCAACAACUCACACAACGUAUCGAAAAUUUGGAGUGUCUUCUUCUUUAGGUGAGUUUUUACAAGUACCCAGCUCUUCUCGAUUCCGACACAGUUUUCGCCGAUUCCAGCAAGUUCCUGCAGGUUCCUUGCCGCCGGAUUCCGGCCGGAAUUGCAGAGGAAAUAUCCGAUCAGUUCCUGACCGCUUCCAGCUCGAAGUUUGCAGAAGACGGUGGGGAAAUGACUGGAACCUACGUUUGAACUUCCGACCGGAAUCCGGCGGCAAGGAAAUGAUUUGUCAACAAUUCCAAAACGUCAAGCAAGAAUUGCAAAGCAUCAAGGCCGAAUUGAAAAAAGCAACGGGAAGCUCAACACCGCCGGGUGAAACGGUGACCCAGGUCAACAAAUCCGAUGCUGGAUCCGAUCGGAUCUUACCGGAUCCGACCAUCUGA